CAUGUGUGACUCAAGAUGGCCGAUCUCUUCCGAGGCUCCGACAGCGAUUCCGACGAUGUUGGUCAGCUUAAAUUGAACGAAGACUAUGCCAAGAACUACAACAAGUGGAGAGAGAAAGAAGAACUUCAGAAAUUGAAGGACAAGUAUGGUGAGAACGUCGCAUUGGAUUCCUCUUCAAGUUCUUCGGAAUCCGAGGACGAAGAUGCCGAGGAACUCACCCCGACGUUCGAGAAAAAGUUCUUGGAGACCCUCAGUGCCCUUAAAAGCAAGGACCCAAAGAUUUACGACAAAAAUACAGUGUUUUUUGAGCCUACAGGUGAUGCAGGUGAGGGCGAGCCAGUUAAGGAAAAACAAAAAAAAGAAAAGCCCAUGUUCCUGAAGGACUACAAAAGAAAGCUGAUAAUUGAGAAACAAGGCAUGCCGUCGGACGAGGAAGAUGUCGAAGGAGAUGCCGAUCUAUUGACCCAACAUAAGCAGGGCCAUUUUGCCACUGCUGCCGAAGAGGAACACCUGAAAAGAAGCUUCAAGGCUGCCCUCGCCGACUUCGAUGACGACGAAGACGAUGACGGGUCACUACUGAAGACAGCGAAGCACAGUGAGGAAGUAAAGGCCGAGACUGAUGAAGAAUACAAGAAGUGGCUGAAAGGAGAGGUGGAUAAGAUUCACCAAAAGAAAGAUGUUGAGAAAUUGGGCUACCUCCAUGACUACUGGAACAGCAGCAACUUGGACAAAGCUGAGGAAUUCCUUCGUGACUACAUUCUCAACAAGCGUUACUUGGAAAAGAGCAGGUUACCAGCAGCCCAGCCAGAAGACGAUGAGGACCUAAGUGCAGAUGAGGCUAUUCUCGAGGAACAGGAAACGUUUGAGCACAAGUUCAAUUACCGCUUUGAAGAGCCAGACUCUGAAUUUAUCAAGAAGUACCCCAGAACAAUGCAAGAUUCGAUGCGUCGUAAAGAUGAUCGACGAAAACUCAAAAGACAGGAAGUGAGGGAAAGGAAACUACAGGAGAAAGAGCAGAAAAAGGAAGAGAUCAAUCGACUAAAGGCAUUGAAGAAGAAAGAAAUCCUCGAAAAACUUCAGAAGCUCAAGGAGGUCACUGGAAAUGACCAGCUGGGUAUCGCAGAUGCCGAUAUCGAGGGAGACUUUGACCCUCAGGAGCAUGACCGACGCAUGAAUGCCAUAUUUAACAAUGAAUACUACGAACAGGAGGCUGAGGAGUCAAAGCCAGAAGACCCCUUGGAUGAGGAACUAGAAUUGGAAGACUGGGACCAGUGGCAAGGAGAAGAUGAAGAAGCCAACGAGGAAGGAGGCGAGGUUGAGCAAGAUUGGUCACAAAAUGACAACACCUAUGCUGGCUAUAAUGGUGGCGCUGGUGAAAACCAAGAUGAUUUUGAAUGGACAGGUGAAACAAAAGGCAAGCGUCGGAAAAAGUCCCAUUUUGCCAAGGUUGUCAGCAGGAAAAAGCCACUGUUUGAUCCAUCAAGCAAGACAUUUGAGGAAUACUUUGACGAGUACUACAAGUUGGACUUUGAGGACAUCGUUGGAGGAAUGCCUACCCGUUUUCGUUACCGUUCUGUCAUCCCCAAUGACUUUGGCUUGACUACAGAAGAGAUUCUUGCAGCAAAAGACAAGGAGCUCAAUCGAUGGUGUUCUGUGAAAAAAACCUGCCAGUACAGGACUGAAAAUGAAGAGAUGCAGGACCUACGCACAUUUCAGAGGCGUGCCACUAAUGAUGCCUUGAAGCGAAAGAUCUUCCCCAGUUUGUAUGCAGAACCUACUGAGACCAGUGAAACGCCGUGCGAGGAACAGAGCAAAAAGAAGAGACGAAGAAAGAAGAAAUCUGGGCUUGUUAAUAGAGAGGCUGCUACGGAAGAGCGUGUUGACAAGUCAGACACCACGUCGGCAUCAAUUACUCCUGCUUCUUCUUCAGACGUUACCGUGGCAAGCAAAAAGAAACGGAAGCGGAAAACUUCCACUCAUGCUGAACCUUUAUCUGGCAACAGUGAUGCACCGCCUGCAAGGCUCAUUCCUGUUAACGGUGAUGUUUCUGAACCUUCCAAGAAAGUCAAAUCUGAUCACCAUAAUUUAUCUGCCGUGCUCAGUCAGGUCCAUGCAACAUCUAGAAAUGGAGACAUAGCUAGCAAAAACGGCAACACACAAACGCUGGCUAACCGUGAAAUGUCUGCAAGCAAAAAGAGGAAAAAGAAGCCAAAGGGUGUGAAACAGCUAUUGCCACCUAGACAAAACAUCCCAGUUCCAGCGCUCAAGGUGUCGGACAACAGGCUUAAAGCCUAUGGUCUGAACCCCAAGAAGCUCAAGAAACAGUUGAUAUACGGCAAGAAAAAGGACAGCUCUUGAAGCUUUUUAGGAGAGAGCCAGGAUACAGCCUUUAUGUUGAUAGACAAUGCUGAAUGUUGCAGUUUUAAUGUAAAUAUAGACCCUGUAAAUACUUCUUA